GUGAUGGCUGUUUGUUAUAGUUCACAGAUCUCGGCGCCCUGGCCUCAUGUCCCCCAGGUAAGAACUUAUAAAGAAGCCACUCAUACCUCUUCUCCUUAAAGUGCUCGACUGCACCACUGAGACUUGAGGUCCACACUAAGACUUGAGGUCUACAACCCCUUCCGCUUAGAUCUUACUUUAUCUCCAGCUUCUCUGGUCAGACUUCGAAAACCAAACACACUUUUGUUGCAUUCGUCUCCUCCUGGUGACCUGUCAUGGACCAGCUAGUAUCAUUUGAAGCUCUCCUUUUUCCUUCUGACGGUCGCAAUCCGCAUAUGGUGGCUUUGAUGACAAGUCCCAUGUCGGUACCCGACCCCCACGCUCCGUACAGCACCCUCCCUGCUCGGAUGCCCCAUCCUGAAGUCUACAUGGACUACAUCGCCGAGGGUCUCGGUCCCCGAGCCUGGCAUUAUCAUCUCGUCGAGGCACUCGACGGUAUGAACAAAAAGUUCGCUAAUCCAUACGUCAUCUUUUACCCAACCGUCUCUCGUGACGGAAUGCCCUUCCCUAUCAAUAAGUGCAUUAGAGAGAUCCAGGGACGAUCUUUCAGAGAGGCAACCGCGUGGCGCGGAAAUAUCAUCAUCGCCAAGUAUCGCGAGAGCCCUUUCUCGUCUAUGGUGAAUGGGUCAAUUGCUGAUUUUCCAAUCUUGAGGAAUUAUUUUAUGACGCACGUCGCACCUCAGUCUUAGGAAGGGUGCUUAGAUGUAUGCGCCUACUGGCCCGAAGAUGCUUCUGUGAUACGGACUGCUACUCCAUGAAGAAACCCUAUGC